UACCUUUGUUUUUUAUUUUUGCUUAUGCUUAUUGUCAUUGUUAUUUGAACGAUUUAAGUAGUACAUACUCUAUAUGUUAUAGAUUAAUUAUGCAUGCUCCUGGUACCUACUCAAAAUGCUUGAUAUUAUGUAAAUUCUAGUGUAUGCAUUAAGUUCAACGGAAUACUAACAUAUUUAUGUUUUUGCUAUCUAUAGUCAUAAUGCAAUGGUUGAUGUUCAUUUAAUUGAUUUGUUUUCAUGUGCACUUCUCCUAUUACAAUGAUAUAUUUUGUGUGUUGAUGUUGAGUAACAGUGUUUAAUCUAUAUCUCAUUAUCAAAAUCAAUUCAUUCACUGUUUUUCAUUAUAAAUUCCCAAUCUUUUUUAAACUCAAAUUGCACGUACAAUUUAGAUCUAUUCUCAAUUUAUAUUUAGCUCCUGAUUAAGUUAUGAUCUAGACCUCAUAACGAUGCUCCUGAUAAAUGACUAUAAGUUUGAAUUAACCAGCACUCUUUUCAUCAUGUUUAUCAUUAUCAUGUACACUUCUAGUCAUGCUUUUCGUUACUGCGCCAAAUUCACUAUAUUUUCAGUAUUGUCAUUUCUUUCUGCCACUAUAUUCAUACCAUUAAUGUUGCGGAGGCCAAGGGACUACAGAAAUGGAUUAUUGCCUGCUUGGGGUGGACGUCAAAUAUCAAAAUUGUUAGGAUUAAAAUGGGAAAUGAGAGGCAAAGAAAAUAUUGUACAAAAUACAGGUUGUGUUGUUUUAAUCAAUCACCAAAGUUGCUUGGAUUUAUUAGUAUUAUCAGAAAUAUGGCCAGUAAUGGAAAGAUGUACUGUAAUCUCCAAGAAACAAAUAUUUUACUUUUGGCCUUUUGGUCUAGCAUCUUGGCUAUGGGGUACAAUAUUCAUUGACCGGUUAAAUGGAGAAAAAGCUCAACAAACUAUUAAUAAAACGGGAGAAACUAUUCGCGAUAAAAAAGCAAAGCUAUGUUUAUUUCCUGAAGGAACUAGGAAUGGUGGACCAGAACUUCUUACUUUUAAAAAAGGUGCUUUUCAUGUUGCUAUUUCUUCGCAGUGUCCAAUACAGCCAGUGGUUGUUUCAAACUAUUUCUUCUUAGACCAUAAAAAACGUAUUUUUGACAAGGGCCACAUUGUUAUAACAAUAUUGCCUCCAAUAUCAACUGAAGGAUUGACAAAAGAAAACUUGAACGAGUUAGUUGAAAAGUCUAGAAAUGCUAUGCAAGAUGUUUAUACAAAAUCAUCAGAAGAAAUGAAAACAAAAUAUUUUAAUGUUAGCUAAAAUUAUAAAAAAAAAAAAUUCUUUAUGAAUAUUUGACCAUCAAUAUUUGAGUGCAUGAAAGUGAUAAAAAAACUAAUAGAAUUAUUAAUAUCAAACUUGUUAAGUAUGAUUAAUGAGUGGUUUACAGUAUUUUUAUUUAUUUUUUGUAUGUAUUGCAAUAUUUGUACGUAGUACUGUGCACAUUAUACAAUUAA